GAGCCGGCAUUUUUUCCCGAGCGCGUACACGAUAUUGAUUUUAUAUUAUUCAACACGUCAAUAUGCCACCAAUUCGCAAUAAAAACCGGAAAAAUUUAGAUGAGCAAGAGGGACGAAUCUUAUUAGCAAUUUCCGAUUUACAGAAUGGCCGAAUUCAACGUGUAGCUCAAGCUGCAAGGAUUUACGAGAUCCCCCGGACAACUUUACAAGAUAGACUCAAUGGUAUUCAACAAAGAUCUCUCGUACGCGCCAACAGCCAUAAAUUGACUCAAUAUGAAGAGGAAUCGCUUGUCAAAUGGGUGCUUGAUUUAGAUCGACGUGGAUUACCCCCCCGGCAUUCUCUUGUACGAGAAAUGGCUAAUUAUAUACUUUCACAACAUGGCAAACCACAAGUUGGAAAAAAUUGGAUAACUAAACUGAUUAAACGCCGUCCAGAGAUCGAUUCCAAAUUCGCAAGGAAAUACAACUACGAACGUGCUAAAUGCGAAGAUCCAAAGAUAAUACAAGAACAUUUUGAUCGCGUACAAGCUGCUAUAUCUGAGUACGGCAUCUUACCGGAAGAUAUAUUCAACUUUGAUGAGACUGGCUUUGCUAUGGGACUCUGUGCAACUGCAAAGGUUAUUACUGGAAGCGAUCGAUAUGCUCAGCCGAAGCUUUUACAGCCUGGAAAUCGAGAAUGGGUGACUGCAAUUGAGGCAACAAAUUCAACUGGAUGGGCUGUGCCUUCGUACGUGAUUUUCAAAGCAAAGAAAAACGUACGAGAAGGCUGGUUUGAUGAUCUUCCAGAUGAUUGGCGAAUCAAUAUUAGCGAUAAUGGCUGGACUACAGAUCAGAUAGGAUUAGAAUGGCUUAAAACCCAUUUUAUUCCCUAUAUUAAUGGUCGUACGGUUGGAAAAUAUCGAAUGUUGAUUCUUGAUGGCCAUGGAAGCCAUUUGACACCAGAAUUUGACCAUAUAUGUACUGAGAAUAAUAUUAUUCCAGUCUGUAUGCCACCUCAUUCUUCGCAUCUCUUACAGCCUCUUGAUGUUGGCUGUUUUGCUGUUUUAAAGCGACAUUAUGGGCAGCUUGUUGAGCAACGAAUGAGGCUUGACACCAACCCCCCCUCCAAGUCGAUCAAGCAAUACGGCAUCAUCUGCUUACAAACACCUCAAAAUAUACGCCAAUUUAUACGCCAGUCGACUACAAUCAAUAAACGUAUAAAUGAGCGUACAGAAAGCAACCAAAAUCAAGAAAUCAAUCAGGCAGUUGUACGGUUGUCAACAGCCUACGAAAUGAUAGCGAAUGAUGUUUUACUCGUACGGAAAGAGAACUACGAUUUACGAGCUGCACAUGAGAAAGAGAAGCAAAAGCGCCAAAAAUCUAAAAAGCAAAUAUCUAUUGAGCAAGCGGUUACUAAAGAAGAAGUGCAAGCGCUCGUACAAGGUCAGGUUGAGGCAUCCCAUGCUGUUACUACUACUCCGGCUGAGCCGGAGCUCCCAGCUUCUCAAGCAGUCGUACGCCGCCAAUAUCGCUGCAGUGGUUGUAACGUUAUGGGGCAUAGAAUUAACCAAUGCCCUAGUCGUAUUAGUAGUUAG